AAUCAAUUACCCAGGCCACGGUCUUAAAUUAAGACGGCGUCCGGAGCUCCAAUUCUGUGGCCACACGGUGAUAUAUUGUUCAACGAAGGCUGUUGUGUUUUCCACUGUUUCGAGCCGUGAGCUUGACGCGCCCGUACCAUCCAAAAUACGCCAGCUUGUGUCUUGUUGCUCUCGCAGUGCCUUUGCCCGGCUCGCUGGGACGCAAUUGUCCAAGUGUCUGAAAGAUAGCCCCAGCACCGUUCACCAUGGUUCGAUCAAGCUCGGCGAUGGGCGCCGUGUUGGCAGUCCUGGGGUCCUUUGCGGCCAGCCCAGUCUCGGCGGACUGCACGCGCGAAGAUCUCCUCGCGGCGGCAAACAGCUACGUGAAUGCAGUGACGGCGGGCAAGAUCGACGGGCUCAAGCUGUCGAGCACCAACUUCACGUACCAGGAGAACAACAAGGCGGCCGACAUCAAGCGCGGCGUGCUCAGCCAGCCGCUCAAGAUUGACCUCAACCGCUCGACGGCCGACACGGUCGCCUGCGCCAGCUACACCAUGAUCAUCUCGUCGGGCGGCUCCAAGCCGUACGUGCUCGCCACACAACUCCGCCACGACGCCGGCGACGCCUCCACCAUCUCCAUGAUCGACACCAUCGCCGCCACCACCGGCUCGCUCUUCUUCAACCCCAAGCAGACCCUCGGCUACAUCCAGAAGGAGAACUGGGGCGUGCUGGACGCCGCCGACCGCCCCUCCCGCGACCUGCUCAAGCGCGUCGGCGACGCCUACCUCGACAUGUGGACCGACGCGAAAGCCGCAGACUCUAUCCCCUGGGGCACCAACUGCGAGCGUGUCGAGGGCUCCUCCCUCACCCGCCCCUGCGGCGGCUCCCUGCCCCACGGCGGCAGCGCGAAGAACAACGGCAACCGCCGCUAUGUCAUUGAUGAGACCAUUGGGUCGGUCGAUGUGCUGUGCUCCUUCGACUCGCUCGGCAGCCUGCCCGACAGCCACGAGAUCCGCCUCGAGGCCGGCAAGGUCAAGUACGUGCACACUGUCACGGUGUGAAAUGGGGUUCGCGCGGCUGUUGUCAUGUUUGGACUAGGGAUAGUUCUUGUUGUAUAUCACGUUGGAAUUAAGAUCGCAGGUUGUAUCCAUUGUCGACAAAAUAAUGUGGGGGACAACACAAAAAUAGCAGAGUUCA